UCGAUAUCAGGUCGUGCAAGGUUUCCUACAUCUGAAUUCUCAGUGCUACAGCGAGAAUAACAGUGUGAGGCCCGGCGUUGCUUGCUGUGACGAACGUUAAAGGUUCGACACUCAUUGGUGCCAUCCGCUCCUUUUCAAGAUGAUUGCUAGAAGUAUGUCACCAUCAAGAUGCUGUGCCAUCGUGGACAGCCAUCCCAUUUCUUAGCAACGGAUUUAGUGUGACCAGGUCACUAGAAGAAGUUUAGGUUUGAUUUAUUAGAUAGCAAAACUUGGCCAGCUACCAAAACUUGGUGAUAUUUUAUCUGGUGAUUCAUCUCUCAAGACAGGAAUUAUUUAGUAGAGGAACAAUAAAGUUUACACACAGUCUGAUCUCAACAAAAUGCUUUUGUAACAUUUUAAAGGCUACUGUGAGGAAAAAAUACUCAUUUCAUAGAGAACAAAAAUUCUCUAUUCCCUUUUUUGUUUUCUAUUUUGGAACAAAAAAGGGAUAGAGAGGGAAGAAAAAGAAAGUUAAAACUGCUUAACCUUAAAAUAAAAACAAUCCUUCCAUCAACUGAGGGACACGCUUAAUUCGUCGACUGGGCAAAAGUUUUGCUUUGGAUAAAAUUGAAUGAUUCUCUACUGCAGUGUUUGAGCUGGAAUAUUAUCCUUUGAAAGAAUAGAAACUAUUUUGAAAAAGAGGCCUAAUUAUUUUCAUAUCUUGUCGUCAUUAAGAGUAAUUCAUUGACAAGACUUGGUGUACCACAGAUCACAUACAGGCAGAUAGAGGUGCUCAUAUUUUGGCUUUUUCUCUUAAGAACAAAAAAAUCCAAAAGCCAGAGGUGGUAUUUAAAACAAAAAGCACUAAAAUAUUACGGGCUACUUAAGGUAGAUAAGGGAAUGAAGCUCAGGAGCCUAUAGAAAUUCCGUAGAAAAAGGAAUUCUGUGAUAAUUAUUUUUUUAUAUUAUUCAAGAAGAUAUUGAAUGGAAGUAUUAACAAUGGCAGACUGGAAUGAUGUAACAUGAAGAUAAUUUGGAGUAACAAGAAGUGUGUGUGAAGUAAAAUUGAAAAUUGGAAGAAAGAGCAUUAGAUACUUAAAGUUAUUUAAUUUAGUCACUUCUUGAAAUAUCUUGAAUAUAACAGAACUCAGUGGUAUUUUAUUUUACAACAUUUUCAUAAGCAGCAUCAUGAUUGAAGCAUACUCGUCAGACGUUUUGUGGAUUCUCAUCGUUGGAUUUAUUGUUGCAUUUAUCUUGGCAUUUGGAAUUGGAGCAAAUGAUGUGGCUAAUUCUUUUGGUACGUCAGUGGGUUCAAAAGUUUUGACAGUUAGACAAGCAUGUUACUUAGCUACAAUAUUCGAGACUGCAGGAGCUAUAUUAAUUGGUUACAAAGUGUCAGACACCAUGAGAAAAGGAAUAUUGGAUGUUAACCUUUAUGAGGGGCGGGAGAGAGAAUUCAUGCUUGGGUUCCUCUCAUCCCUUGCUGGCAGUGCAGUGUGGCUCCUUGUUGCAACAUUUCUGAAGCUGCCUAUAUCGGGAACUCAUAGUAUAGUUGGAGCCAGUGUUGGUUUCUCCCUAGUUGCACAGGGAUUUGCUGGAUUGCAAUGGAUGACACUAGUUACAAUUGUUGCCUCGUGGUUCAUCUCACCAGUGCUUUCUGGAAUGAUGUCAACUGUCUUGUAUUUGCUCAUCCGGAAAUUCAUCUUACGGGCACCACAACCAAUAAAACCAGGACUUAGAGCACUUCCUUUGUUUUAUGGUGUCACAGUUUUAAUAAAUGUGUUUUCAAUUGUGCACAAUGGACCGAAAUUGCUAUACUUCGAUUACAUUCCAUGGUGGGGAGCAUUGAUCCUCAGUGUGUCGAUUGGCAUCUUGGUCACCCUGGGUGUACAUUUCUUUCUUGUACCUCACCUGAGGAAUCAGAUUCUGAAGCAGAUGCGUAUAGACAAAGGUCGUGGCGUGAGUUUUACAUUUGGUGAUUCGACAGAAUCUUCACGUGAUCCAAGCCCCAAACCAUCACGGAGUAUCUCAGUUGAAGAUGUGAAAAGAAACCUUCCAAUCAUAACAGAAACUUCUGAACCUGAGAAAAUGCAACUGGUCCAAGAUGAAAAUGAAAUGGUUCAGUUCACUGGAAAUGCAGCCAACGGCACCCGGAAUGGGCAAACUACAUACUGUUUUCCAUUGCCUCAGCCAAAUGAUACAAAUACUAAACUGAAUGGUUAUCUACUUGCUGAAACAGCGAUUGGGGCUACAAAGGAUAAUAUGGAGAUUGCUACACUGACACCAGCAAAUGGGAGUACUAUUGCAGCCAUUAUUCCCACACAGCACCAGCAACUUCAUCCAGAAUCAGUUUUACCAGCUAGUGGCCAAGUUACACCAGCUUUUGGUCUUUCUCCCAACAGCAGUGCAGUUCCUUUAAUCAAAGAAAAGACACCAGAACAAAUGAAACUUGAUCCUGAGAGUGUAGCACCAGAAACACAAAUAAUUCAAUCAAAAGAUGAUCCACCUGAAGCAGCUAAACUAUUUGCAUUUCUUCAGAUACUCACAGCUUCAUUUGGUUCAUUUGCUCAUGGAGGGAAUGAUGUUAGUAAUGCUAUUGGGCCUUUAAUCGCCCUGUGGCUGAUCUUCAAGGAGGGAUCAGUGGCCCAAGAAUCUGAGACACCUCUUUUCAUCUUGUUUUAUGGUGGACUGGGUAUCUCAGUUGGUCUGUGGUUGUGGGGGCGCCGUGUCAUUCAGACAAUCGGUGAAGAUCUGACAAAAAUAACUGCCUCAACGGGAUUUUCAAUUGAGAUCGGUGCAGCCUUUACGGUACUCUUGGCAUCAAAGAUAGGUCUCCCCAUUAGUACAACACAUUGUAAAGUGGGUUCAGUUGUAUUUGUUGGCUGGUUUAGUUCAGACAAAAGUGGUGUGGACUGGAAACUUUUUAGGAAUAUCAUUUAUGCGUGGGUUUUCACAGUGCCAGUUGCAGCAGGCCUCAGUGCUGCAUUCAUGUGGAUACUACAGCAAGUUGCACUGUGAUGCUGAGAACAACAAACAGUACAAAUACCAUACUUAUGCCAGUACUUAAAAUUAAAUGUUUAGAAUUAACUGUUAGGAGAAAGAAGAGGAGAAAUGAUGUGAACCCUGGUGUUCAGCUGUUGCCAAACUGCCAGCUGGAGUCAAUGUUAAUAAAGUAAUAUUUGUGCCCAUUGUAAUGUGAAACAGGUGAAACUGAUUACUGAGAGCUGUUAUGUCUCAAAUAAAUUAUUACUAUUUCA